AUGGCGCUUCCAUGGCUUCUCGCCACCACGGUCUUGCUGGCUGCACUGCUGGGUGCCUUGCUGGGCGGACAUUUGGCGAGAGAAGCACGGGAGGACCUCUUGCGGGACUUGGAUGAACUGGAAGUUUCAGCCAAGGCCCCAGAAGUUGUCGCUGACACGGAGCGCCGUGCGCAAGUGGCCUACCAACGACUCUUUGGAGACGGACGUGGUUUGGACGGAGGCGCUCCCAUGGCAUGGCAGCACUUCCAUGAGCGUUAUAUGGCGGCUGCACUUCAAGAGCAAGUCUCCAAUUCCUUGAAAGGGAAACACCAUUUUCCUGCAAUGUUGCCUGGGAGCCUUAUUGCGGAGGAAGUCCGGAAGAAGGAUGCUCCAGAGACUCUGGAUGGACAGGUGGAGGCACUUUUGGCGCAAAAACGCCAGCACUUGGCAGUAGCACGAUUGAUGCAGGAAGGCAAAGAGCUGCAGUCAUUCAUCCCUGGCCCAGUUCCUUGUGCUUCGCCUCUUUACGAACAUGUCUACAGCCCAAUCGAAGGCUGUAGUGCCAGCAAUGCUAUGACCAAAGCACCACCCUGCGGACGUUGGGAGAAGGAGAAUGUGGCGACCAAAGAUGAGGUGGCUGCCAUGCAAACGAACAUGCUGAAGGCCUUUCAGCACCUGUUCCACUCGGGCCCCAUGACUUCUUUGGCUGUGGACUCCAGCGCAUGGCCGCUGAUCUCCAAGACAUUGACACAGGACUUGCUGGAGCGCUCCAGGCAAGCUGUGUCUGAUGCUUUGGGUGGAAUCGACCUGUUCUUCAGCGGCGCUUUGCUAGUUCGGCUGCAGAUCCCUCCCAUUGACGGUGAGAUGCAGCGGAAUUCUAGCAGAGGAGACGAGUUUUCGGCACAUGUCGACAAGGCCAAUGUUGCCUCUUAUGACUGGAGUGCCAUACUAUACCUCAGCACUGUCGGCAAAGACUUCGAAGGUGGUGAGUUGCUGUUUCUAGAUGAGCAGAAGGACAGCCAGCUGGAGCCGAAAGAAGGGCAGCUGGUCUUCUUCAGUUCUGGCUUGGAGAAUGUUCAUCGGGUCAGACCCAUGGUUCGCGGGCGACGCUUAGUCUUGGCGAUGUGGUUCACUUGCAGUCAAAGGCAUGCGCACCCCGACUUGCACUUCAUGGACCGCCAGACAGACAGCUGA